AUGACUUCCGUUAAUACGCCCGAGGAACAGGCCAUCGCCUUCCUUCUGACUUGUGUCGAGAAUUCCCUGAAGGGAAAGAUAAACUGGGACAAUGUCUCACUUGAUAUUGGCAUCAACAUGAGCCCCGAAGCAGCUGCAAUUAUUGACGGCCAGCAGCAGGAGAUACUACUUCAGCAUUGUGAAGAUGCCAAAGAGUUCGACCGCUCUGACAAGUAUCCUGAAAUCCCCGGAGACCCUUCCUGGCAGUCUGUCACGGCCGAGGAGAUUGGCCCCAUUAUCAUUGUCGAAGACUCAAAUGAUACCAUUACCUAG